UCGUAUGCGCAAACGAUUUAGCCAGUGCUCUUUCCUUUCGUGACCUUCCUUUUCCAAAACUCGUAAAGUAGGACUUGGUGGCGUAAAAUGAGCAACUUUCUAGCAUGCAAUGCUCCGGUAGAAGAUGGAGCAUCGUCCAGCUCAACGACGAUUAAGCAGGGCGACUGUGUGAUUGUCUAUGAGGGCAUCAAUUCCAUGAAAGCAGUGUACAUCACACCCAAAGGACGCUUUGAGAACCGAUUCGGCGUCUUUAGGCACCAGUCGUGGGUCGGCAAGCCCUUCGGCAGCAAGGUCAUCGCGGACGGGGGCGGCAAGGGCUGGGUGUACCUCCUGCGCCCCACCCCGGAGCUGUGGACGCAGGUGCUCCGCCACAGGACUCAGAUUCUCUACCUGGCUGACAUCAGCAUGGUGGUGAUGCAGCUGGACCUGCGGCCAGGCAGCGUGGUGCUGGAGAGCGGCACGGGCAGCGGCAGCCUCACGCACUCGCUGGUGCGGGCGGUGGCGCCAACCGGCCACGUGCACACCUUCGAGUUCCACGCGGGGCGAGUGGAGGACGCGGCCGCCGAGUUCCAGCAGCAUGGGCUGACGCAGCUGGUGACGGUGAAGCAGCGGGACAUCAUGGAGAACGGCUUCCCGGACACACUGCACGGCCAGGCUGACGCGGUGUUCCUGGACCUGCCCGGCCCCUGGAAGGUGGUGGCCUCCGCCGCCGCCUGCCUGCGACCCAACGGCCGCUUCUGCGGCUUCAGCCCCUGCAUCGAGCAGGUCCAGCGCACCAGCGAGGCGCUGUCCGCCAACGGCUUCACCGACAUACUCACCUACGAGUGCCUGCUGAGGGAGUACGAGGUGCACCGCGAGACGCUCACCACCACGGUGCGGCUGGCGGACAUGCCCGCAGCCAAGAGGCAGCGGCCCAACAACCGGGCCGCGGCCCAGCAGGCGGCGGAGGCGACGGCGGCGGCGGCAGCGGAGGCGGCGGUGGCGGAGGCGGAGAAGGCGGACGCGGAGGCGGGCGCGGAGGAGAAGGGCGAGGCAGAAGCCAAGGGGGAGGAGAAGGCGGAGGCGACAGCGGCGGAGGGCGAGGCCCGCGCGGAGGCGGCAGAGGUGGAGGCAGGGGCAGCAGCGGGCGGGGCGGAAGGCAAGGCGAAGGAGGAGGAGAAGGAUGAGGGGCCAAUGCCGCCGCCCAAGCGCGUGUCGCUGCUGCCGGCGUGUGUGCAGACCGUCAGCUGCCGGCCAUCGCUGGAGGCGCGCGGCCACACAGGCUACCUCAUCUUCGCGCGCAAGUUCGUGUGCGGGUAGUUCGUGUGGGGGCGCGGGUUGAGGAGUGGGGGAGUGGGGUUUCGGGCAUGUGGGUACUUGAACUCGGGUGGCGUUUGUAUGAGGUGAGGGAGCACGGGCGCUUGUGUGUGGUGCGCGGAAGUUGGCAAGGGGUCGGGGGGGAGUUGAAUGAGCUAGCUUGGGUCACACUGCGUGCCGUGGCUGACACGUUCAGGGGCCAGGUGGAGGCUGGAGACAUGAGACUGGUGAGUUCGUUGGCUCUGCAUAGCUCGUCUAGGUUGGUUUAGAGAGACCGCCGCCAUGACUGCCGCCACUUGCCAAACGGCGAUGGAUUCAGGUUCUGCGGAAGUUGUUUGCCGUCGGCCCUGGCUGAUAGGGCGCCCUCAGAUCCAGGCGGUUGGGCUUAACUUCCUUAUGGGCUUUAACUUCCUUUGUCCUU